AUGAAUAUCUUCGAAAGGGUCUUCAAUCACGCCAAAUGCUAUUCCUGCAACAAAAAAUUCUCCCUCACAAGUAAAGUCAGAAAAUGUGAGCAGUGUGGUAAAAUCUAUCUAGGCCAUCGUUUCUGCCGAAACUGCAGCUUAAAAGUGAAAACAGAAGGCUCCAAAAAAUUAUAUGCCUAUUACCUAAGGCAAAAUAUUUUUUUUCUUUCAAAUAAAUCUUCAUUAAAAAAUUUUUUUUUAUUGAAAAUAGAAUAAAAGAUACUGUCUUCAAUGCCAUUCCCAUAUGUCUCCUACAAAAAUAACAGAUGUCAAGAUAGAGCAAUCUCCACAGGCUGAAGAAAAAAGAGCACAAUCUGUUGAGCCACAAGAUCGUAAAGGAAAUAGAAGGAUGACAAAGCUGGCUGAUCAAGAAGCCAUGUCUAGGUCUGUAUUGGAUAUUGAAACCCCUAAAAAUUAUAGAAGGGUCCCUCGGCAAACUACUGAGGUAAAAUACAUUGCGAGAAAUGCAGGAUUUUCUAGCAAAGAAUUAGAAAAUAAAGAUAAAGUCAAAGAAGCUGUGACUGUAGCAAUUACAGGGCUUAAGCCGCUGCCAAGUAAAGGGAAAAUCGAUGAGUCUUUAAGGAAAACUAUAGUGGUGCUAGAUAAUGACCCACAAAUAUAUUAUGCAAUUAUUCGACAAGUUAGUAGUGCUGCGACAGCCACAGUAUAUGCAGCCAGAAGCUUUUCAACUGGCAAAAAUACAAUUUUAAAGAAAAUCAGGCCAGAAAACCUAGCUCAAUUGACACAAAUUCAGGAUUUUUAAAUAAAUUUUUGAAAUAAUUUAUUAAAAAAAUGAUUUAAAUAUUCAAAAAUAAUUACUCCCCCACACAAAUUCAAGACGAAAUUGUGCUAAACCAGCAUUCUUCUCACAAAAACAUGCUAGAGUACUAUGACUCCUUUUAUCAUGACAACCAAAUCUGGAUUGCUCACGAAAUGCUUGACUUUACCAUUGCUGAGCUUGCUAGCGACAGAGCUGGCUUUAUCCCAGAAAAGCAUAUGGCCUACAUAAUAAAAGAAUUGUUAAUUGGUCUCUCAUUUUUACACAAAGAAGGAAGAAUUCAUCGAGACGUAAAAAGCAGCAAUAUAAUGAUCAGUAGGAAUGGAGACGUAAAACUAGGCGACUUUGGCUUUGCCGCACAAUUAGUGCAAGAAGUGACAAGAAAAGGAAACAUUACAGGCAACCCUUCAUGGAUGGCGCCUGAGCUUAUCACAGGUGGAAACUAUGAUGAAAAAGUUGAUAUUUGGGCUUUUGGGAUCCUUCUUAUAGAGCUCGCAGAAGGCCGCCCUCCAUAUUCAACUGAAAACCCUAUGAAAAUUCUUUACAAUAUCGUCUCAAACCCUCCACCUACCUUACAAAACAAGCUGAGAUGGAGUUUAGAAUUCCGAGCCUUUGUAAGCUUAUGCUUAACCAAAGAGCCUAGCCAGCGGCCUUCUGCAGACCAGCUUAUCACUCACUCUUUUAUUGAGCAAUAUCUGGAGCAAACUGCCAAAGAACAAUUUGCUGACUACAUCGCUGACUUUAGGCUAUAA